GUGGAUUCACUUCCGGCACCGGGCAGCGAUACUAUGGACACUGAUGGCUUUUCCUGCCUGGGGAAAUGUCACACAGGCUAUGGAUUAUUCAGUGGCAGCGUGGAGCUGUCCUUUCGCAGGUUGACUGUUGAAUGAAUGAAGAUUGUGCCUCCUUUCCCAUAUUUACUUGAACUGCCUGGAGGGAAGAGGACCGCUUUUAAAAAUCAGACUCGGCCCCACCGACUGGCUGUGGGUCUUUGGGUACAUGGCUUGCCUCCUCUGGGCUUGGUUUCCUCCGUGGUAAAGUAGAAGUAUUGGUUCCUGUGGUACACAGCUUUCCUGCAGAUCUGUGAGGUAAGCAACAGAGGAGCCUGAUGGGCUGCAGUCCAUGGGGUCGCAGAGAGUCAGACACGACUUAGCAACUGAACAACAGCAAACAAAGCCGCUGACUUUACCCUGCUUUCCCUCUCUGGCAGUAAUGCCGAUCUCACAGGAUUGGCCUCCUUGUGAGGGGCUUUGCACCUGUCCCUUGAGUGAUCCUCACGAUUGAGUUCCCUGAGAGAAAUGGUCUCCCUGUCUCCCUUCCAGGCUGCCCUCCUCCGAGCUGUGGCGCGGUCGCCAGGGCCAGCCGCGUGGGGCAGGCCCCUCCACCGGCUGUGCUGCUACGGUGGGCAGAAUCCCAGGAGGGGGUUGGGAAGCGGGACGCCCCCCUCCAAAGAGAAGCCACCGGGCCCAGAGGCGGAGAAGUUUCAGAUGGUGUACCGGUUCGACGCCAUCAAGGCCUUCGGGUACCUGUCUCGGCUGAAGGUGACACAGACGGCCCUGACGGUGGCCGCCCUGCCGCCGGGCCUCUACUGCUAUUCCCAGGGCCUCAUGCCCUUCAGCUCUUUGUGCCUGGCGGGCGGGGUCGCCGGCUUCGCCCUGGCCAUGUUGUACUGGAUGAGCCAUUUCUUCCGGAGGCUGGUGGGCAUCCUGUACGUGAACGAGGCAGGCACUGUGCUGCGGGUGGCCCACCUGACCUUCUGGGGCCGGCGACAGGACACCUACUGCCCCGUGGCCGACGUGAUCCCCAUGACGGAGAGCCGGGAUCGGCCCCAAGAGCUGUUCGUGCGGAUCCAGCAGUACAGCGGGAAACAGACCUUCUACCUCACCCUGCGCUACGGGCGCGUCCUGGACCAAGACCGGUUUACGCAGGUGUUCGGGAUGCUGGACGCGCUCAAGUGAACGGCCUGGCGCCCAAGUGGAUGCCGGGAGCCCAAGUGGAUCCCGGGAGCCGGGCCUCCAGUGGGGAGGCAAAGGGUGUGGGCGGGGCUGAAGGACGGGGUCGCGCCGCAGGGAAACUUCUGCUGGGGCCCCUGGGGUGAGAAAACUCACAAGGUAGACGUUAGUAACCGGGUUUAGGAGAGGCCCCGAGUGCUGAUUCUCCCCUGCACUUGCAUGUGGCAUCGAGAUAAUGGCCAGAAGUUUCUGGUAGGUUCUCGGAGGAAGCAAUGACAGGUUUGCUCAAACCGUCCUCUGCUGUGAAAUCGGACAGGUGUGGGGGACUUGGGUUCUGUCAGUUUUCAAAGCCCGCGCGCCUGGGCCAGGUUAUGAAGUCUCUCAGAACCUUAGUUUUCACGUCUGUAAAGUGGAAAAAAAUCCUCCUGGUCUCCUGGGAUGGUUGGGUGUCACUGCUAAUGCAGAGCUGGUGGCUCGUUGAAGGGAUCCCAGGCUUCGGGGAGGGAUUUCGCUCUCCCUGUGCUGCGACCCCUGGUGCACCCAGCGGCCGCAGGGGUUGAUCAUUUAAAAUAGCCAUAAGGGAAAAACCUUGUUAACUGCGAGAUGCUGGUUGUUAACUUACUGUAAUUUUACUAUAUAUAUAUAUAUAUAUAUAUAUAUAUAUAUAUUGUAUAUGUUAAACUAAUACAAUGAUAUAUGCCAAUUAGAUCUCAAAAUUAGAAAAAAAUGGGGAGUAUACCUUACAAAUACAUAAAAACAAAAGUCCCAGAUUAUUUGAUUCUUUUAAAUACUUUUUAUGCAAAAAAAAAAAAAAUCAGUAAUUGCAAAAUAUUCCACUGAGUGAAUGUAGCUGGUCCUUUAAAUGAUUUCCAUUUUUCAUUGAUGUAAACAAUGUGAUAAAGAUCAAAUAUUUGGAGAGGUUUCCUUCCUCUGUGUAGACUGAAAAAUGGCAUUUUGAGAAAGAUGACUUUAUAAUCACGAUAACAUGAAACAUGUUUUUUUUCAUGUGCA